AUGGCCUAUUUCUUAAAUAAGUCGGGAAACAAAAUAGAACAGUUAAUAGAAUACCACAUCGCCAUUGUGAAAGGAGAGACAGUUCCACUUGAUAUCUUGCAGAUCAAGGGCAAAAAGGAACAACCUGUGUUUGCAAUGACUGGCCUCCGAUGGGGAUCCUUCAGAGAUGCUGGCGUCAAAGUUAGCAAGUACUGGUAUCUUGGUCCACUGAAAAUCAAAGCAGCCCACUUUUUUAGCACUCUACAGAGCAAAGAAGACUUUAUGAACAUUUGCAUCGAGCCCAAUGCUGUCAGCAAAGGAGAUUUCAUAACCAUAGGGAAUAGCACAGGAUGGAGCGGAGGAAGAGCUUCAAUCUCUGUUGAAACAGAGGGAGCUGUUCGCCAAGCAAAAGGACUUGGCGGAAAAACUGCAGCAUCACCUAGAUGUCUCCCUGAUGAGCCCAGGCUUGGAAGAAGUUUUAGAGCUAAGUGGAUCCUGUACCUG